AUGACAACCCGCAAUCUUAUCGCUGAAGCCUUGCUCCUCCUGCCGGCAGUCUCUGCAUCGCUAGUGCCAACCGACAACCACAUCUACGGAAACUGCAAAGAGUUCAACAUUCCAGUAGCCACGACCGUGGACAGCGCCGUGUACAACCUCCCCCACGUAGACAACGACCUCGAGGCCGGCGCUUGGGCCAUUUACGACGCCACACGAACCACCCUCCAUAACGAUUCCAACGUCAUCAAGCAUACCGUUACCUCUAGCACGUGGGACAUUCACGCGCAGCUAUGCUUCCCCAAGCAUGGAAAGAGCCAAGACGUUCUGCAGAUUGUCACGCAUGGAGUGCACUACGACUCCCGCUACUGGGACUCCAAGUACAAGCCCGAGAACCACUCGUAUGUUGAGGCGGCGCUCCGGGUCGGCUACUCCAUUUUAACGUAUGACCGGCUCGGCGUCGGCCAGUCCGACCACCCCGACGCCUACAACGUCGUCCAGGCCCCCUUGGAACUGGAGAUCCUCCGACAGCUGACCCUCAUGGCCCGCAACGGCUCUUUGUACGCCCUGGCAGAGCAUGCCGCGCCGCCUUCCAAAACAUUCCAGAACCAUAAGGUAGUGCAUAUCGGGCACAGCUUCGGCUCCGUCCUGACCUCGGCCUUCAUCGCCACCUACGUCAAUCUCACCGACGGCGCCAUCAUCACGGGCUACGUCUAUGGGCAGUACCUCGGCAGCACCGGCUCCGUCACCUUUGCCGUCGAGUACGCCGCCACGGGCGACCCGCCGUUCAACCGCCCCAGCGGCUACGUUGUGGCCCAGAAAGUCGGCAUCCAGGCCAUCUUCUUCGGCGGCGACCCAAAGACGGCGUACACACCCGCGCUGCUCGACUACGGCGUGUCACUCAAGCAGCCCGUGCCCAUCGGCGAGUUCGCCUCAGCUUUCAACAUCCUCAACCGGCCCGGCGGCUCGUUUCACUCGCCGGUGCAGUUCUUGCUGCCCGAGUUUGACUUUUACAUCUGUCGCGGCGAUUGCAACAAUUACGUCGAUGUGGACUAUCUGAGGAACUUCUAUCCCAAUGCCACGGAUAUCGAUCUCAAGCUGCAACCUAAUACCGGCCAUGCGCUGCCGCUUCACAACAACGCCACGGCGGGGUUCCAGCUUUCUUUUGACUUUUUGGGGAAGCACGGCUUGUAA